UGUAUUUCGCAGGCGAAUCGGCGAAUUUUUUACAAGAAGAUUGCAUACGUUCGUCUCUCUUUUCGUUAUUCGGCGCGAUUGCUAAGUGCAUGUUGUUGUGACUUUCGAUACGAAUUCGUAUUUUCCUCAUUACCGCGAGGAACGAGCGUUUUUUGGAUUAUCACACUCAUCAAUGUGGUAAAGAAUCUCGAAAUAUAUUACGUAGAUUUCAUCGCGAUAAACCUUACUCAACAACGGAUCCAUCAUUUUCGCCGUUUUCAUACGUCACAGCCGGUAUAAUGCGGCAUCUCGUUUCAUCAACGCCGGCACGAGCGAUAAUGGUGUGAUAAGUUAUACGCGUUAGCCGCGUAUCACAGUAUGUCGAUCGCGAAAUAUCCCCGCAGCAAUCGUGCGGCAUAAGCGUUCAUGGCGCGUCACAGUCCGAGUUCGCUGCCGCAAUAGUGCCAUUAAUGAAAAUUAUAAACUAAAAAAAGAAUAGUUGACUGCUGAUGCAAUUAACUUUGUGCGAAAUGGACAUUUGCGCUGUGUAGGUUCCGAGAAUUAUUUGGCAGAAGAGAAGCGUUUGUCGUAGUACUACGACGAGAUGCCGAAGAUGCUAACGAUUUUCAAAGAGACUAGAAGAAGCCUAGGUUGCUCGCCGUAUCACACGUGAAAUCUAUCAUCCCAUAUUUCGAUACAAGUAUACUCGUUCAACAGUAUUUGGAAUAGUCCAAAGAGUGUGAGAAAAAUUUGCAGAAGGUGUCGGAACAUCAUCUUCAACUCCAUAUAAUAAUAUGUCGAAGAAGAUUCGUAUGGGAACAACAUAAGCCUUCUAGUAUGCUAAAAGAUUAUAAUGCAAGUUUAUUGAAAUUAAAAUGUUAGAAAAUUAAUUUCUGAGAAUAUCUGAUAAUGGCAAAAAAUAUUGCAGAAGACACUAAAACAUCAGUGGAUAAAGACAAGAUGUCAGAACCUUCCUCAACAACUUCUGCAGCCAAUAAAGCAGUUUCCUGUGAUGAAGAGAAACAUGAAUUACCAGAGAUUGACAAAGCAUCUAUUUCUGGAGAAACUGCAGGUACUAUCACUCAAAAAGAAGAAGAAGAAAAAGAAGUUACUGAAAGUACAGCAUUACUUGAGCUUAAACAACAACAAAAUACUUGUAAAUCUGACUGCAAUGGAGAUCCUGAGGAGGAAACUAAUCUCGAAAAAGAAGUUUCUGAAGAAAUCGAAACAAAGACCAAAGAAAAUAACGAAUCCUGUUCUGUGAAAACAAAUUCUAAUAAUAAAGAAACCACGGAAUAUCUCUCCCAGGUAGACCAAAAAUUGAGCAAGAUUUUACAAGACUUGCAUGAAGAUUUACAAAUACUUCAGAGUUCUAACACACCUGCAACUGUGACAGAUGAUGCAGAAGAUAGCAGUGAAAAAGAACAGACGAUAAUAAAAGACGAAACUGAUUUGGAAAACGAUAUGACAGAUAGCACAAAAGAGUCUACUACUUCCGUGACUGCGAAGAGUACAGAGGACAAGAGGGAUUCAAGUGAAUCUUCGGAGAAAACAGAAGAGAAAUCAGAAGUCGGAAUUGUUGGUCCUCCGACCGCGGUUAGCGAGCUUAUUAAUGAGGAAGAACUUGGGGGCGACUCUGCAUUAUCGGCCGAUCAAAAGGAUCACGUAGCAGAAUGGGUGGAGAACUGGGUGAAUCCUGAAGAAGAGGAUAACGUUACCAAAGGAUGUAAACAAAACAUAUACGAAGAAAAAAGUGCGGCGGACGAGAGAGCAAAAUGGAAGAAGCACAAUGACGUUCCUUCUAUAUCGCCCAGAAAAUCGCAGAAGAUUGUUUGCAACAUCAUAAAGAGGAGCAUCAAAUGUUUGAACAACAAGAUGCACGCGAUGGAGGGUGCGAUCGAAAGCAAAAAGAAGGUGAGCACCGCGGAGGACAACAAGCCGCCGAAAACGUCGCCGUCCUCGUCGAAGGUACCACAGAACCAGCAGAACGGCGCCGCCCUUCCGGAGGAGACGGCCGCGGCGUCGACGACGGCGGUGGGUCACAUUCGCACCAAGAAGGAAACAGUGACGAAGGAUGAGAUGCAGGAGGACGCCGAAAUGUCGGACACGAAGAUCAGCAAGCAGUUGCUCGCGAGUACGUCGCGGCAGAAGGACUCGAGCCCCACCGAUCUCACGCAACAUCACGCCGAGCCCGUCGAGAGCGUUAAAAAACGGAAGUCCACCGAGGGACAAUUAUCCUCGUUUGGUAAUCGUAGAAAGAAGAUUUGCGUCGACAGCGAGCGGGAGAAAUACAUCUCAGAAGUUGUCGGCGAUGAAAGUAAGACGAUCGACCAGCUCAUGGAUAAGGCCGGUCAGCUACGACAUGAAAUUCUGUACCUCGAGAAUUCAGCGCGCGAGAAAGAAAUGGAAUGGAACGAGAUUCUGAGAAAGCGGAAGUUGAAAGAGGAAGCAUACGCGAGGCUCGAGAGAAAAAUACAUAUGAUAGUCUAUAUGGAGAACGACGGUCAGCUGCAGAUGCCGUCCACUAAAUCGUCAUUGGCCUCGAUCGACUGGGAGAACAGUGGCAACACUACUCCCAUAUCGAGGGAGAAAUCUUUCGGAUCUAAGGACGAUCUGUCCGAAGAGAGAUCUUCGGAUUCAGUAGCACCGAAGAGAGAGAGGACUGCGAAGACUACCUCACAGCAACGGACGACUCCGCCGAAAACCAACGGAGAAAGCAGUCGCAAGCAGAACGAAGCGUCGAGCCCGGAUAGUCGGCAGAUCGGAGAAGGCCGACAAGGUGCAAUAGUGGAUGUCAGAUCUAUCAUCGCCGAUCAUAGACUCAAGCAUCCGGAAGCCGUACCGAGAAGAGGUCGGAGGAUGAGGAAUUCGGUGAACAUCGGCCUUGGAGCUGGCGGCGCCAUGGUCGAGACGGGGCACAAUGCCGACUCGAGACCAUCUAGCACGGAAUCGUGCAAGAGUAAUCCAAGUACGAGCGAUUCUAUGAACUACAAGGAUAUACUAAUGCAAUUUGCCAAAAUGAGCCAGCAAGGUGAACCAGUCAAGGUACCGCAGAAUUAUCCAGAUGUGACACUUCAUCCUGUAGCACCUUCGUCCGCAGGUCAAAAUACCGCGUCUCAACCGAGUGGUUCGCUACUUCACGGGAUUCUAACAAAAGCGCAGUCGCCGAGAUCCAAUACUUUUUCACCUACUUUAGCUAGAUUACUCACCGCACCUGAAAGAGAAAGGAAUUCUCCGGUGACCGCGGCGGUGGCGUCUAUGUCGCAGCAAAGCGCCACAACCCAUUUGCAGACAUACCAAGGCUCUAAUAUGGUUUCCAUAAACGAUCUCCUAUCUUCUUCCAAGGCUCGCACAGAGAUAACUAUAACUCCUGUCGUUAAUACCCCUGCUCAAUCUCACUCCAACGAUUUAAUCCAAGUGGAGGAUGCAGAUGAGGAAGCAACGAUGAUCGAUGAUAGAAAGGGAAAUUUGGUGGGUGGAAGGGAUAAUAAGCAAAUGGCAAAGGACAAUCCACCUUCGCCAAGCGCCCCACCAAAGUGUCAAGGAUGCAUGACUCGUCCUGCACAAUUCGUUUGCGCUGGUUGUGGAAAUCAGUGGUAUUGCAGCCGUGGAUGUCAACUUGCCUCAUGGGCGACACACUCCGAUUACUGUCCACCUGAGUCCGAAAACAGUAAAGUCAAGUCCAACGUUUAACGCUUAACGUCUCUGCAUGCCCGGUGACAUCUGCACAUCAGAUGCGGUAUCAGGAGGAAGAGAUUCCUGUACCCAAUGAAUCUAGUCAUCAAAACAACUUUGAUAAUAUAAUUUGUUUUUAUCGUUAAACGAGAUGCAGAGACUUAGAAGAAAAUUACCGUAUCGAGAAGGUUCGAAGAAGGUAAAGUUUAAUUUAGCUUUGCUAAAUGGGGUAUGAGAAUAAAAUACUUAGUAUUCUACCGUUUAAAAAACGGUAUCAGGACACUCAAAAAAGAAGAGAAAGAAUAUAGGGGUCGGUCACUGAACAAUAAAAAUAAUAGUAAUUUUAUUUAAAAAAAAAAACAGGACACUCAAAUUAUUUUUCUAAUUUAGACGAUCAUGUUAAUCAUGGAAUACUAAUUUUCAGUGGAGCGGAAAUUCAUUCAAUUUAUUUUUUUUAAAUCUUCAAUAUUAAUUAUAAUAUAUUUUUUUGCUUAUAUGAUACAGUAAUUUUUCUUUUUAAAUUUCUGCUGCAUCUUAUUUAACGGUUAAAACAAAUGAUUAUUCUUUUUCUGUUAAUAAUAAUUUUAUACGAUUUUAGAACAUCAAAUUUUAGGAUAUUGAUUAACUGCGUGCCAUUCGUAAGAUCAGGAGCGGAUUGAAAAACUAAAAAUCAAUUUGAAAUAAUAUUGUAUAUAUUUUCACAUUUUUUUUAUUAUGAAGUUUACCGUUCUCAACUAGUUAAUGCACAUUUUACAGAUUAUAUAGAUAUUAUAUGUUACAAUGGAAUAUUUUAUUCAACAGUUUAUAUACUCAAUCCGCUUCUACAUAAAAUUAGUUUGCCAUGAUUAGCAUGGACGCCUAAAUUAGAAAAAUAAUUAAAAUGUUUCCUUUUUUUAUGAAUAUGAAUUUCAUUCUUCUCUUCUCUUCUCUUUUUCUCUCGAUUCCGAUUUAAAUCAUGAAGAUAAAAAAUAACUGGAUGGAGCAUUUAAGCAAAAAUUAUAAGAGGCAAAAUAUAAUGAAUGUGCCCAGUACGUGUAGCAUCCAUGAUCGCAAAUUGCUUCACAAUAGAUCUAUAAAUAUCUAUAAGUGUCUCUCGCUUUGCCUUGGCUUCAGCGUUCAUUAGAAUUUGUUUCAAAAAUACAUUUUACACUCUCCGUCCAGUUAUUUCUACUAUCCAUGAUUUACACAAUGUAUUGAGUUUCACAUAUGAAAAUGCAAGUCACGCAAGCACAAGUCAGGACUGCAUACUAUUGAUGUAGAAAUAUUGUAUCAUAGUAUACACACUAUUUUAUAUUUAUCUUUGUUACCAAUGUAUAUAUGUUUAGGCACAUGAUACAGGAGCUACAGUCAUUCAGUCGCGCUGCAAGUCGAUGCAGCCAAGCGUGCCUCGAUCUUCCACAUACAUUUCUAUAGAAAAGUUUUAAAAACUCUAUACACUACUUGAUCAUAAUUGCAAGUAGGUCAUCCGUAUACCAUGGCCCUUAGAUUUAAUAAAACUUUAGUUUUAGCAUA